AUGUUCGGGAAGGUUGUUUUAGUGUCGUCGUUGCUGUUUUCUUUGGCUAAAUCUACUGGUGUGACUUUCAAAAAUGUCACUUUUACUGGAUACAGUCAAUCAAUAGAAAAAUGUAAAACGACCAUACUUCAUUCAAAUAGUUUAGUAGAUUUUUUGCCGGAGUUAGCCUUCGACAAGGUCGAAUUUAUAGAUCAAGAUUUCACCGUACUCUAUAAAGAUUCUUUCACAAGCUUAAGUGAUUUGGGAGAAUUGGUGUUAGAAAAUUGUCGAAUACACAAAAUUGAAUCGUAUGUACUUGAUUCUCCAUAUCAUAGUUCUGGGAAGGAUACAAAAAUCAAGAAGAUUUCCUUAAAAGGUAAUAAAAUAGAAGAAAUUUACGAAAAUGUAUUCACGCGUCCGAGUUUUACCAAAAUUGAUUUAAGUUUUAACCGCAUAACCGUUAUCCACGAGAGGGCCUUCGACCAUUUGCCAUAUUUGGAAUUUAUUGAUUUAGGACACAACAAUAUUGGAAAAUGGAACACCAAUUGGUUCCGUUACACCCCGUCACUCAGAAUGGUCUCGAUGGAAAAUAAUUCUCUCGAGUUCUUGCCCGAUUAUGCUUUUAAGAAUAUAGAUGGUAACGGAAGGUUUGAUAAAUAUAUAACUAUUGUUCUGAAUUUCAACAAAAUUAAAACAACCGGUCCAAAAGCUUUCAGCGGCCUUGGAAAUAUGUACGAUUUACUGUUAGACAAUAAUCAGUUGGAAAAGAUCGAUGAAGAUUUAUUAAAAGAUGUUGAUGUUCUUCAUUUGAGGUUAAAUAACAACAAUAUCCGUUGUUUGGAUGGCAACUUGGAUAAGAUUUUUACAGCAAAAGUUACGUAUUUGGACUCAAACCCGUUUGACUGCGAGUGUUUGAACAGAAUCAGGAAAUGGGCACAAAAGAAUAAGAGAAGUGUUUACUGGUCUUGUGGAAGCUGCAUUAAUAAUAAUACACGAAAUAUAUUCACCAUUAAAAAUUUUCAAGAAACUUAAAUUCAGUUAAUUCGAUACAAUUUUUCAGCAAAUAUUCUAUAUAAUCCUUGCCACUGUUUUUAUACUUCUGCUUUAUAAUAUAUGUCUAAAAUAUA